ACAACUCAUGGGGGCAAUAAGGGAUCAUGGGGGCCCUGUUAUAAACCAGUCAAAUUAUGAGUACUGACCAGGGGUGGACUGACAACUUAUGGGGCCCCCGGGCAAUAGGGGAUCAUGGGGCCCCUGUGUCCUUGCCCAAACUCAAAAAAGCCUAUGAAAAAGGUACCAGGGGCAUCUCAUGGGGCCCCUACUGACCCCGGGCCCUCGGGCAGUGCCCGAGUUUCCAAAUGGUCAGUCUGCCCCUGG